AUCUAGAUCAUUGAUAACUGCGUAACUUCUCUUCCGCCAUCUCUUCGGCUUCACGGCUGAUUCUUUGAUCAAUACGUGAUGCGAAAACUCAACCGGAGCACAAUCAUAGCAAUUUUAUCAGUCUGUUUGCGACCUGACUGAAGUAAAGAUCACUAAGCGAAGAUGAAUUGUUCAGCAGCGUCAGACAUGCAGCAUCCAGAAACGACGGUAAUUCUGGAUCAUUAUGUGCCUGUAAGGCCAACUCCCACAGAGCCGGUGCCGUGGACGUCGACUGCUCCAUUUCCACACACUCAGAUGCGGCCAGGGACUACAAGGCAUCUUGAGUUGAUUAGAGAGCAGCUUCGAAUCGAGGAUGCAAGAACCGACUACGAGAUCAGGCACAUCAUUGAUCACGGCUUGUCUGGUCUUGAACUCUGGCCACCUGAUACCCUUGCUCAGCAUGAGCGAGAAUUCCCUGUUCCAAAGUAUGAUCCACAGCGGAAGACGAAGGUUUACAUGAAGAAAGAACUCGAAGAUUUCAUCUUAAAUGAAGAUGUGCCGCUUAUACAGCGAGUAGCCGCACUUCUUGACCGAUGUCGGAUCAUGGAUCAUGUCUAUUCACGUUUCGAUCUAAUAGAGAAGGGCAAGGCCAUGCUUCACGAGCUUAAGUUCAAAGUAUCAGGUGACAAGGAUUGGAAACGAAUUCUGGAUCUAGAAUUCCUUAUCGAACGCAGAGCGAGUCAGGGUCAUACAAAAGAUACAAUGGAUCCAAGAAGUUGGAAACAUGCCUUCGACAUACCACUUGCGCCUUUUAUAAAAGAGCAGCUUGUUGAAGAAAUGCGAUUGGAUGGCUACGAUCUUGACGUUCAAUUUAGCAGAGUAUUUGGCCUAGAAAGCUCACCUAGGGUGAAGAACGGGGAGCCAGCUAUACAUUGGGAGGGCUGGGAUCCGAGUGGACCUGUGGAUUGGGGCUGGUUCAGACUAAACAAGAUGGCUUCGGGAAGCAAAGAUUUACUCAACGGGCACACGCCUAUGUCGAUAAGCACGCAGCACUCUGCAACAAGUGAAGAUUCUAGUGAUGAAGAGGAACUUGGACGCCAUUUACCAUCAGAUCUACGGGAUGAUAAAUCUGAUGAUGGGGAAAGCGAGAAUGACCUUGACGACGCGGACAAUAGCGAGGCUUCUGUCGUCAUAGAGCAGCAGCGUCAGGCCUCAUCAGGAGUCAGCGAAGCUUCUCAGGCCAGAGAAUCAUCUAGCGAAAUUGAAUUCAUAGGCUCUCACGCAAUCCAACCUCGAAAGUCCUCUUUCGACGAGACAAAUGAAGUUGAGGAAGAUGAAUCUCAGUUGUCCGCUGUUGAAGACUACUCUAUUGAGGAAGAAGAGGAAGCAGAACAGGAAGCGGAAGCAGAAGCGGAAGAAGAGGAGGAAGAGGAAGAAAUUUUAGAAGAAGGAGAAGGAGAAGGAGAAGGAGAAGCAGAAAGAGUAGAUGAUGAUGAUGAGGAUAGUGAGGAUGAAGAUGGAAGUGAUGAACAUAAAGACGAAAAAGAGGGUAUUCAGGAUGAUGACGAGAGCACAGAAGAAAAUGAUGAGAAGUAUGAAGAGAUUUAUGAAGGUAAUGAUGAGGACCUGGAGAGCACGGUCGACGAGGACGAUGCCGAAGUCACCGAAAGAGAGUCAGAUGAGCAGUCAGAGACAGAAAGUGAUGAUGUAGAGGUUGUGGAAGAACAUCGUUCUGAAGUGAAAGGUCUCGAAGAGCAACAACGGGUACAUUCAUCAUUAAACGCUAUCAUACGUGCUCAAGCAAUAGUCGCGGCAAGCGAAGGGGAAGAACCUACAGAACCAGAGACCAAUGAUGAGGAUGGAGACGAUACCGAAAGAGGUGGCACUGAAGAGACUUCAAACGAUCUGAGUGAGCGGAACCACACUGUCACACACCAACGAAUCAUUUUGGUAGAGGAAAUAUCGUAUACAGGCCAAGUCGAGAGAAAGAAUAGCCAAGCUGAGGAUUUCGACGGCACCGACAUUGAUCCGCAGCGUCGACAGAGUUCUCCGGUCUCUUCCAUAAAGAUUACAUCAGAGGCCUCGUCACCUUUAUCGAGUCUAGACAGCGAACACAUCGCCAUGCUCGAUCCAAGCCUCGAGGCAAGCGCGUCAAAACACGCUGUUUCAUUUUCAGAUCUCGCUAAGCGGGCCAUGGAACGUGCAGGUGUUGCACAAAGCCUGAGAGCUUCAGACACCUCAGGGUUGUCAUCUCCACCUUCUAGUUUAUCUUCACUAGUUCAGGAGGAAAAGGAGGAGCUUCCAUACGAUGGACAUCCAGAGAAGAUGAAGGUGGAAGAUGGAGCCAAUAUUGAUCCUGCUUUGUUUGUUGCCUCGGACGCUGCUGGAGGCACCAUCGGUUUUCAGCACGAUCUCCAUAGUGCUUUAGAAGUUGAUGCACGACAAAUGCAAGACAUCGAGAUCCCGGAAACAACACACUUUUCUAACAACUCGCAAGAGCAGGAGAAAGGAGGUUACGAAUACAAUUACAGUACAGAGGAUGCCUGACCUACGAAUACUAAGGGCUGAAAUGUCACAACAUGUAUAAUGCAGAAUUAUGUUUUCCUCGAGUCGACUUUCAUCUCGCGUCGACUACUAUUUAUAGGCGAAGACUGCCAAGAGAUAAGAUGAUUCUUGUCGGGGAUUGUGAGUUAUCUCGGCGGGUCUAUGCCAACUCCAGAGUUGAACAUUCAAUGGCACUCAUGUACCAAGACUAUCAUCAUAAGAAAGUUAUAAAUCUGCU